AUGUCAUCACUGGAGAAUGAGGAGAAAGACCAAUCGUCUUUAAAUUUAGAGAAACAAGAUAAUGAAACAAAAUUAAAGGAAGGGGAAACUGAGGAUGUAGAAAACAACUAUUUGACUGGUUUACCAUUAAUUUUAUGUACUGCAUCCAUUAUUUUAGCAUUAUUUUUGACUGCAAUAGAUCAAUCCAUUGUUAUCACUGCUCUUGAAGGUAUUGAAACUACAUUUAACUCAGCUGCACAAAUUGGUUGGACAAGUUCUGGUUAUAUUUUACCUAUGGCAGUAUUGGCUUUAGCAUGGGGUAAGUGUGGUAUUGUUCUUGGUAGAAAAAAUAGUGUCUUAGUAUCAAUUUUUUUAUUUGAAGUUGGAUCAUUGGUUUCAGCUUUAUCAAAUUCAAUGUCAAUGUUCAUUGCUGGUAGAGUUAUCACAGGUAUUGGUGCUGGAGGUAUUCAAACAAAUGUCAUUUUAAUCAGUUCGGAAAUUACCCCAAUAAGACAAAGAGGUCUUGUUUUAGGUAUAGUAACUAUGACUUUAACUCCUGCAGCUGCAAUUGGACCCAUCAUUGGUGGAUUGUUUACAGGUUCUGCUAGAUUAACUUGGAGAUGGUGUUUCUAUAUAAACUUACCUUUUGGUGGUGUUGCAGCUCUAUUUUUAAUCUUCUUAUAUAAACCAAAACACCAAAUUGCUAAACUGUUCACCAGAAGUAACUUAUCAGUUGAAUUUAUUGUGAAAACAUUUGAUCUUAUUGGAGUUUUCUUACUUUCGGUAUCGUUAACAUUAUUCUUAGUUGGUUGUUCAUUUGGAGGAGAAAGUGCAAAUGGGUUUACAAAACCUUUACCUUUAAGUUUUGUAAUAAUCGGAGCAGCAUUAUUCGUGAUAUUUAUUUACUAUGAACUUUUUAUAUUCAAAAUUGAUGAAGAAAAGCAAUUCUAUCCAAUGAUACCUAAGUCUUUAAUUAUUAAGAGACAAGUUAUGGCUCCAGCUCUAACAAUUUUAUUUGGAAAUCUUGUUUUUUUUGCUUCCAGUAUGUAUAUUUCGAUUUACUUCCAAAAUUUAUUAGGAUUUCUGGCAAGAUCUACCGGGGUCCGUUUAUUACCUAUGAUCAUUCCUACAUUAUUUACAACUAUCUUUUGUGGGGUUGUAUGUAGUAGGGCUGGUGUUGUCAAACCACUUUUAGUAAUAGGCUCGGUAAUUUCAACCAUUGCCUGUGGAUUAAUGACAAUGUUCAAUUAUCAUUCAAAUAGUGCUAUGAGAGAUGGCUUUAUUUUUAUGAUUGGGUUCUCUUUUGGGUUUUUUAACCAACCAGCAAUUAUAGCCGCACAGUUAUCAAAUAAGGAAGGUAGGCCGGAUUUCAAUUUGAUAAUUACUGCAUUUAUGGCUUUUUCACGUUCAUUGGGAUCUGCGUUGGCUGGUGUGGUAAGUACGGCGAUCUAUACCGCCAUUGCUAGUAAAAAGGUGGAUUCUUUCAGGGGGGAACUUGGACUCGACCAACUUCUCACCGGAAGAAUAAUGGGAACGUUAAAUGAAGAUCAAUUUAAUAUCUUCAUUGUAUCAGUUACAAAGGGGUUAAGAUGGGUAUACUUUACUUGUGUUAUCUUUUCAAUCUUAGGAUUUCUUUGCUCUUUAUUAUGUUUCAAUGAUAGAGUGCCAAUAGCUAAAAAGGAGAAAGCGCAAGUUGAGCAGCCUGUUGAACAGGAAGUUUAA